GUUGCACCACAAGACAGCAUUUUACUGUAUAACAUUGCUUUCAUAAUGCAGAGGACUGGCUACACAGAUCUUGAAGGAUGAAAAGUCUACUUUGUCCACUGUACUACAAGCUGUACACGAAUUGGGACUUUCUUUGAAGUACUUCAACUAUCUAGUGGAGUUGGGUGAUAAAACCAAAUAUGACGUCAGUUUGGCAGAGCUGGAAGCUCGCCAAUGUAAAGAUCUGCUGUCCCAAGCUCAAUACCAUGUGGCCAGAGCAAGGAGAGUUGACGAGGAAGAAAGGUUGAUCAAGAGGAAACAGGAAGAAGAGAGGGCAGCUUUCAAGAUGAGACAGAUAGAAGAACUCAAAAGAAUGGAGGAGGAACAAAGACUGUCCAAGGAGCAAAUGUUACAGAAACGACAAGAGUACAAGGAAAAAACAAAGAAUGCGCUUAUUUUCAACGAUAUGCCAUCCGAGAAGAAAACCAAAGGUGGAAGAGGUAGAGGUAGAACUGGAGAUAUUCUGUCGGGAUCUGACAGUGAUCAGGAAAAUGUUGAGGGUGGUGAAGCUCCACGAAAGGAGAAGAAAGAACGAGGCCGUAAGAAGCAAAGAGGAGAUGGCAGAAAGAGAGAAAAAGGUGGUGGUAGAAAGCGCAAAGAAAAACAGAUUGGUUCUGAUUCUGACGGCAGUGAUAAACCAAAGAGGAAGAGGAAAAGGAAAGAGAAGGAGCCAAAGAAGCCAAAGAAGGAAGAAGGUCUCAGUGCAAAACAGAAGAGCAGAAUUGUGUCAAAAGCCACCAUAUCAUCUUCAGAUGAUAGCGAUGAUGACAAGCAUAGAAUUGCUAGUGGAGAUGAAAGUGACAAUGCUCCUAGAGGAAGAAAGAGGAAGAUUUCUUCAGGAUCUGAAUCCAACAGGUCGAGAAGUGGUUCAAAAAGCUCCAGGUCAAGGUCUAGAAGCGGUUCUGGCUCUAGAUCCAGGAGUGGUUCACGUUCCAAAAGCAGAUCCAGAUCAAAGUCUAGAAGCCGUUCUAGGUCUAAAUCCAAGAGCCGUUCCAAAAGCGGAUCUAGAUCUAGAAGCGGCUCCAGAGGUAAACACGGAUCUAGAUCCCGAAGCGGAUCUAGGGCUAAAAGUGGAUCUAGAUCUCGAAGUGGCUCUAGAGCUAAAAGCGGGUCAAGGUCUCGCAGCGGGUCUAGGGCUAAAAGCGGAUCAAGAUCUCGGAGCGGUUCUAGAGCAAAAAGCGGUUCUAGAUCUCGUAGCGGCUCCAGGGCUAAGAGCGGUUCUAGAUCUAGGAGCGAAUCAAGAGAAAAGAGCAAAUCUAGAUCUAGAAGUGGAUCUAGGGCUAAAAGCAAAUCUAGGUCGAAGAGCGAUUCAAGAUCUAGAAGUGGUUCUAGAGGAAAAAGCGGAUCGCGUUCAGGCAGUAAAUCAAAAAGUGACUCGGAUUAGAUCAUUGUUGGCAUAUAUUAAUGCAUUGGUUUUACAAAUUGUACAAUUUCUACAAUAAAGAAUACUUGAAAUGACUGCA